AUGGCCUUUCGUGGAGGAAGAGGAGGUGCCAGAGGAGGCGGUAUAAAAGGCGCAACCUGGGAGCAUGAUGCUACCUUGAAAUUAGACUUCACACCAAGUGAAGAUUACCCACGGCAUCCCAACCUCAAACGACCAUCCCCUCUCACCCCCCAAGAACGCACGCAAGUAAAAUACUACCGCACGCUCCGCGACAAAAUACACCGCGGACCCCUCUACACGCACUCUACCAAACGCGACACCGAUGCGCCCGUCCGAACCUUUGGAGAAAAGCAAUUCAACGAACAAUACGGCCGACAAACCAAAGCGGAUUUCGAUCCCUUCCUCGGCGUCGAAACAUACAGCAUGAAGUAUCAGCGAAAAAAGCGAGCGAUACCUUUAGUGAGCGGGAUGAAUUUUAACAAGGAGUUUUAUCCGCAGGAGUUAUGGUCCGUGUUGAGUGGAGAGGAGGAAGCGAAGACAGCGAAGGAUAAUGCUGCGUUGGCGGCGAUGGGAGAGGAAGAUCCUUCGGAGAAGACUCGAGCGCUGUUGGCGAAGAUUCAACAGGCGACGGGGGUGGAGGGUGCAGAGGGAGAAGAGGACUUGGGAGAGGAAGAAAUUGAGGAGGAGCAGGAUAAUGAUUAUGAGGAUGAUGAGGAGGAUAUGGGUGGAGAUUAUGAUGCGGAGCAGUACUUUGAGAAUGGUGAGGAUGAUGAUGAUGAUGGAGGGGAUGGAGGUGGAGGAGAUGAUUAUUAA